GUUUUCUGGAGUAAACGGACAAAGAAAGAAAGAACGAGUGGAACCAAAGUUGCAGGUUCAUUGUGAGGAUCGGUCCAGAUGCCACCAGAUACCAAAGUCACAGAUCAGCUGGAAAUCAGGAAAGAGGGUCCAAAGAAAAGCCCCAGCAUGAAUCCUCAUCAGAAAGGUUGUUGACUCAACUCUCUCUGAACUGUAUCACGACAACAGCAGCACACCAGGUCUGUCUUGCGGCUGAGCGGCUGAACUUCCAUCCCCUCCAGCCUGCAGGGUGACUGACGGGUAUCAGGCUGGAUUAGUGCUAAAGACCGCUGUGCGAUGCCAUUCCUCCCUCAGGACGCCGAGCGAUUCGAUGGGCUGUCUCUCCUCUACUGGACGAUCAUGGGGCCUCACGGCAUCAACCGGGCCGUCCAGAGGCUCGAGUUCUGCGACUGCAAGAAGGGACUCGGUGUGAAAAUAAUCGGAGGCUACAGGGAGCUGACCGGGGAGGAGUUCGGGAUCUACAUAAAGAGGGUGAUCGGCGGCGGGCUGGCAGCUCUGGACGGUCGGCUUAAGUCAGGUGACCUGAUUCUGGAUGUCAAUAACAACAGUCUGAUCGGGGUGACCAAUGAAAGGGCCGUAGAGAUCCUGAGGACGGCUUCACUCUCCAAUCACAUGUCGCUGCUGGUCACCAGAGACGACGAGUCCAGAAGGGAGUUUGCUGAGCUGAUGGAAAAGUACGGGUCCAAUAACAUCACAGCUUCAGGACGGAUCUCACCGACGCAGCUCUCCACAGGGAAGCUGACGGACACGGCUUCAUCCUCCUCUUCCUCCCGAUCUGAGAGCCCCCAGCUGCUGAGCCCUAAAGAGGGGGUCACCGCCUACAGCCAGGCCUCCACCUACACCAACCACCAGUACACCGUGCACACACCUACGCUCGCCUUCAGUGACAGUGUCAUUCAACUGAUAUGCGUUGCCAAGGGAACAGGCCUGGGGCUGGUCAUCAAGGGCGGAGCAAACCGUGCCGAAGGACCAAUGGUGUUCAUUCAGGAAAUAGUGCCUGGAGGAGACUGUCAGAAGGACGGCAGGCUGCAGGUCGGGGAUCAGCUGGUGUCCAUCAACAAAGAGUCUUUGAUCGGAGUGACAUAUGAGGAGGCCAGAAGCAUCCUGACGAGAACCAAACUCAGACCCGACCCCACAGUGGAGAUUGCCUUCAUCAGGCGGAGGUCUUCCUCCAGCUCCAGCAGUGGACCACACAGUCCCAUCUCCCUGCAGGGCUCCGGGGGAGGAGGACCCCAGACCAGAGCUCCAGGGCUGGGACCUGGACCUCCACAGCCCACCAUGGUCACCAAGAUCACCUCCAGCAGGAACCCAGCCAGCGAGACUCUGCCCACCGUUAACGUCACCCAGGUCCGAGUGUCUCCAGGUAGAACAGAACAGACUCAUGUUUCCUCCCCAGCAGAGACUCACAGCAGCACUGAGACAAACACUGAUCUCAGCAGCAGUCAGGUUCCUCAGAAAAGUCGCCUCAGACUGGACCGACUGGAUCAGGCUCUGGAUGUGAUCGGUCUGAAGCCCAGCGAGUCCCAGCGUCAGACGCUCCGGUCCAGAAUACGAGUUGAUCCAUCCGGAACCGUCGCCUUCUCAGACUUUGCGAACCUGACCAGAGAACUGUUCAAGCCUCAGCUGGAGGAACUUCCAGUCACCCAUCCAGGAUCCAGGUUCACCUCCGAGGAUCUGUCCAGUCUGCUGGAGACGCCGUCCAACCCGCUGCCAUCUCUGUCGGACUCUGAGGACCUGGAGGAAAUGGAGAGGCUGAGGAAGGAACACAUCGAGGCUCUGAGGGAGAUCAAGAGGCUGCAGGAGCAGCUGGUGGAAUCUCAGAAGGUUCAUCAUCAGCUGGAAGAGGAGCUCAGCAAAGUCAAACAGGAGAUGAAGGUAGGAGCUGAGGAGAGUCGGUCUCUCCGUUCUCGGGUCCAGGUGGCUGAGGAGGCCCAGAAACAGGCCCGUGGGAUGGAGAUGGACUAUGAGGAGGUGAUCCACCUGCUGGAGGCCGAGAUCGCUGAGCUGAAGACCCAGAGGGUGGAGCAGCCGGCCAAUCAGGUGGCAGCUAACAAGGUGGUGAUCAAUAAGGAGGAGGCCGAGGAGCUGAAGAAGAGAGUCGCUGUCCUCGAGUGUCAACUACGGAAAAGCGAAGCGGCCAAAAAGGGUUUUGAGAUGUCGACCGGGAAACUGCUGAUUUUUGUAGAGAACGUUCAGGAGUUCCUGCUGGAGAGUCACGGACCCACAAAGAGCUACAGCUCCGGAGAUGUGAAGGUCGGCCCGUCGUCUCAGAACGCGGCGUCCCGCCAUAAGAAGAGUCCGUGGACGGCGUCCUCGUUGGCCCAGGAGGCGAAGGAUCUGAGCCGGACGGUCCGAGCAGUUCUGGAGUUCGACUGUCUUCCUUAUGGCUGGGACGAGGCCUACACAGCAGCCGGAGUCAAAUACUACAUCAAUCAUGUGACCCAGACGACGUCGUGGAGUCUCCCUGAGUCCAACGUUCCUCCUUCACCUCCGUUGUCCUCGGCGCUGGAUGGAGAACGAGACGGAGAACUGGACCGGAGAACCAACCCGUCCAUAGAGACCGAGAUGUAGAGGACUCGUCGUCGUGGCAACCAGCUGUUCUUUAAACACUUUAUUAUCGUGGUUCUAUGAAAGGUGAGCUGCUCUGCUCAGGGAUUCUAACCAACAUUAUUCACUCUAAAGGAUCCUGUAGUUUAGAACAUUUAGAAACCAGAUGGUUCUUUGAACCAGCGUCAGUCUGACCUUUAUGUUUGUUCCUCUUAAAUCUGUGUGUUGACUGGAAACAUCUGGUAAAGUUAACUCCACCUUAGUUUGGUUCUUCUGGUUUCAAUCUUCUGGUUUGACUCCUCUGGACACUAUACCUACUGUCAAGCAUGGAGGUGGCAGUAUCAUUGUACUAUCAAUUUAACUGACUCCAGAAUUGGUGCAGUUCAACUAAAUCUGUUGUCUUUCUGACUCAGACUUGUUUCUUCAGGUUCUUGAUGGGUCCUCGUCUGGACUUUGGGGAGACCAGUCUAGAACCUUCAUUCUAGCCUGAUGGAACCAUUUCUUUACCACUAAGAGUCAUUUCUGACCAGUUUUGAGUUAUUUUUACCAAUUUUUAAAGUAAUAUUGGACGGGUUUCAAGUCAUUCCUGAGUCAAUUUGGACAGGUUUGGUCAUUUUGGGCAAGUUUUGAGUAAUUUUGAACCUUUUUUUUUUUUGUCAUUUUUGACAAAUGUGAGUCAUUUGGGACCACUUUUUUAAAAAUAUCAUUUUGGACCAAUUUUUUUGUCAUGUUGGACAUUUCAACCAAUUUUAAGUCAUUUUGAACCACUUUUCAAUCAUUUUGGACAAGUUUGAAUAAUUCUGAACAAAUUUUUUGUCAUAUUAGACACGUUUGAGUCAUUUUGGAAACCAUUUUGGACCAAUUUCAAGUCAUUUUGAACCCCUUUUUAGUAAUUUUGAACCAUUUUUUUGGUCAUUUUGGACAAGUUUGAGUCAUUUUUGACCAAUUUUAAGGCAUUCUGAACCACUUUUCAGUCAUUUUGGACCAUCUUUUAGUAAUUUUGGACAGCUUGUUUUAUCAUUUUGGGCCAAUUGUAAGAGUAGUUUUGAACCACUUGUUAGUCAUUUUGGAUAAUUUUUUGUUCGUGCAUGUACAUAACAUGUACAGACCGAAAUCGAGACCAAAACCAAACCUAAACUACUUAAGAGGCCCAAGACCCACCCAAGACAAUCUGAAACCAGCCCUCAGCCAGGACCAGAUCCAGAGUAAAAUAAAUCCUAAACCAACUUUGGCACCUCUUGACCAGGUCGUUAUUGAAAAUGAGAAUCAGUUCUCAACUAACUUACCUGGUAAAAUAAAUAAAUCACAUCCAAAACCAGGAGAACCAAGACUGAAACCAAACAUAAACCAAUCCCAAGAAAGUCCAGAACCAGUCCAACAUCCAGUCUGAAACCAGUCCAGAAGCUCUUCUCGAAAGCCCCAGAGUAUGAUACUGCCACCUCCAUGCUUGAUGGAAAUAUGAAGCAGACUUCUCAAGCAUCACAAAUAAAGAACAUUGAAAUUAA